ACUCGCACACAGCAGCACACGCGAGCCACAACACACACUGCCGUGACCGCCGGGUGGAAAUACCACAUCGAAGGUGUGCGUUGACUUCCGUCAUGGCGACUGCCGGGGAAGCGGGGGAGGGAUGCAAGAAGGCCGGCAUGCCCACGUGGGUGCCUCCGAGACCGCUCGGCGAAGGAGGCUUGACGGAGAUGAUGGACAGGAUGUAUCCUCUCAAAGUCUUCAACUCGCUAACGAGAACAAAGACUCGGUUUGUGCCUAAAGACUCCAACCGGGUGCUGUGGUACAUGUGCGGACCCACUGUCUACGCCCCCAGCCACAUGGGCCACGCGCGGACAUACCUGCACUUCGAUAUCCUUCGGCGCGUGAUGACUGAUUUCUUCGGGUACGACGUGUCCCUGUGCAUGAACAUCACCGACAUCGAUGACAAGAUCAUUACCAGGGCCAACGAGGGCGGGCAAAAUUAUCGCGAGCUGGCGGCCCACUUUGAGGAGGACUACAUGCAGGACAUGGCAUUGCUCGGCGUGCGCGCCCCCACCGUGGUGACACGCGUCAGCGAGUUCAUCCCGGAGGUGGUGGAGUACAUCCAAGGGAUCAUCGACAACGGCUACGCCUACGAGUCGAACGGUUCUGUCUACUUCAACGUUCAGUCUUUCGACGGAAAGAAGGGGCACGCGUACGCCAAGCUCUUGCCCGAGGGGGUCGGCAACGGGGAGCUCAUGGCGGAAGGGGAGGGUGCGCUCAGCCUAGGGGCCGGCGACAAGAGGUCGUCGGGGGACUUCGCGCUCUGGAAGCGCAGCCGGGAGGGGGAGCCCAGCUGGCCGAGCCCCUGGGGCGACGGGCGGCCCGGGUGGCACAUCGAGUGCAGCGUUAUGGCGAGCGCUACGUUCGAGGGGAUGGGAGACGGCACGAUGGACAUCCACUCCGGAGGCGUCGACCUCAAGUUCCCGCACCACGACAACGAGAUGGCCCAGGCGGAGGCUAAGUACGACUGCUGCCAGUGGGUGAACUACUUCCUGCACACUGGCCACCUGCACAUCAAGGGCUUCAAGAUGUCCAAGAGCCUCAAGAACUUCAUCACCAUCAAGCAGGCCCUGCAGGAGCACUCGUCGCGACAGAUCCGGCUGUUGUUCCUGCUGCAUAAGUAUAACACCCCAAUGGACUACGGUGACGACGCCAUGUCCGGUGCGCUCGCCGCGGAGAGGACUUUCAGCGAGUUCUUCCACAACGUGAAGGCCGCCCUCAGGAGAACGACGGCGAGGGACCCCGCCCGCACGAAAGAGCCGGAGCUCACGCUCAUGUCGAGCCUUUCGGACGCCAAGAAGGAGGUGAAGAAGUGCCUGUGCGACGACUUCGACACGCCGGGGGCCAUGGGAGCGCUGCAGGAGCUUGUGAAGAAGGUCAACAAGUACAUCGAGGCGAAGGAGAGGGCGGGAGAGCCGAUCGUCGCGGACUGUGUGCGAGGGGCUGCCGAGUACGUUACCAAGAUCUUCAAGGUUUUCGGGCUGGCGUCUCCCGGCCCAGCGCUAGGCUUCUCCCAGGGGGGAGAUGCAGGCGGCGGCGGGGACGACGGCGGGGAGGGGGGCGAGGCCUCUCGGGAAGCGAUCCUGGGACCGGUCCUCGACGUCCUCUCGGAGUUCCGCGACAAGGUCAGGGGGUGCGGCCGCGCGGGGGACACGAAGGGUGUGCUGGCGGCUUGCGACCACGUGAGAGAAGAGCUGCUGCCAGGCGUCGGGGUGCGACUUGAGGACAAGGGGGACCAGGCGGUGUGGAAGCUCGAGGACCCAGCCGUGUUGGCAAGAGAGCGACAGCAGCGGGAACAAGAACAGUUGCGCCGCUUGGAGGCGAAGGCAGAGACGAAGAGGAAGGCGGCAGAAAAGGAGGCAAGGAAAAAAAUCCCCGCCAGCGAAUACUUCCGGGGAUUGAAGGGCGAAGACGGGAAGGCGUUGUACACCCAGUUCGACGACAACGGCGUUCCCACGCACGACGCUGCCGGCGAACCGAUCGUCAAGGACAAGGCAAGAAAGAACGCUCUUCUUUCACGAAAUGCUCGAAUCCAUCCGCCCCGUACAGCCAUCGGUUUCUUAGUUAUUUCGACUUUCUCGAGCUCUCCCUACUCAGGAAGAGGUGCGGGCAGCUGUCAGGCCGUCUUUUUUCUUAUCACGGCUUGCAGCCCGGGCGCGGAAAAGCUGGUUUGGUAA